AUGGCGCGCUCCUUUACCUCCAGUACCUCAUCCAAUUCCCAAAACUGCGGCGAGGAGAAGGAUGACAGCACUCACCUGUCUGCACUGGCAGCACAGAGAAACGCAAACGCUUUCUUCGAGAAGUAUGACCGCAGAGAGAUUCAGGAGCUGCUCAGUCUCACCAGCUGCAGUUGGUUGCUGUCUAGUGAUGACUUCAAAAUGCCCGUGGAGUUUCCUCCGGGAAUCAUAAAACAGAUGAAAAACUUCAGUCACUCGAACGCGGUCAUUCUGGCGCCCGCGGACCCCCGCGCUCCUCUCGAUUAUAAGGUGGUUCAGCAGAUCAUCAGGGAACUGACGAUCGGCAUCUACUGCUUCAAUCAAACACCGUUCCUCAGCCUAGAACCCAACUAUGACAAGAGCACCUCCUGCCAGCUCACCCCCGCUUAUUAUGACACAAUGGUGGGUCAGAUGCUGGUGAAUAUAGACUACACGAUGAAGGCUCUGUGGCACGGCGCGUUCAUGCCUGCAGAGAAGCGCGUCCGAUUUUCCGAGCUGUGGCGAUCCAGCAUGGGCGUCGAUGCCAAUGGAGCGCCGCAGACUAAGAAGGACGUGUUCGCAGAAUUUCUUACAGCAGGUUUGAUGGACAUUUCAGAGGACCCUUGUUACCAAGGCAUUUAUGAUGAGGGUGCAAAUACAGACCCGACCUAUGAGCCUAACAGCCCGGAGGAGGAGAAGCUCUUCUCACAGCACUCGGACAGCAUCCUGCUGAAGCUCACUGCGUACCUGACCUCCUGCCAGCAGCACGAGAACCUGUUUGUGUUUGAGAGCGGCCACACCCUGGCCAGCGCUGUGAGGCUGACGGAGGACAGGCUGGAGCUGGCCCUCUACCAGAGGCUGCAGCAGAGACUGGCUCUGCACGAGGCCCUGGUCAGCGGCUGCCUGCAGAGGAGGGCCGAGACGUGCAGGAACCUGGCCUACCUCCGGCUCAUCGCCUUCCUCGUGCCCUUCCUGGUGGCCCUGAAGAAAAAAAUGAAGAUCCCAGAUGUAUCUCAGAUGCUUCCGGCAUUUUCAGGGGAUAAACUGAAGACAGAGCGGGAACUACCCCCCCUGCUCCUGGGACCCAACUUCACCUGUAAACACUUCCCGUACAGACAGGAUGAGUACUUCCACCUGCACGGGGGCAUUGAGUUUGAUGUCGGCACACCCCCAUUGGAUGAGGUCUCUGCAGAAAUAAAGGAAGGAUAUGCAGCUCUGCAAAGCAUGUCAACAGAGCACCUGAACGAGCUGCUCUCCCAGCAUGCAGUUUACCGAGAACACUUCCCCAUCCCCACCCACGAACUCGGGGGGAAACGUUAUCAUGUGAUAUCCGUCAGCCUGGGAGCCUUCUACCUGCAGGCCAACAGGACUCAGUGGUGGGAGGCAAUGACUGCUGCCGUCAGAACUCUCAGGGGAAAGCAUCUGCCGCUGAAUGACAUUCUGCUGCACGAGCAGUUCAAAAAAACAUUUGGAUACAAAAAAGCCAUAAAAUGCAAGAGUGUGCCGUUCGGCCUGCGGGCGGCGGCGGACAGGGGUCUGUCGGCCGUCUUCCACUCUCUGUGCCGCAGGAACUCGCCCUCCCUGCUGGGGGCGCUGGACGAGCAGGGCUACUCCCUGCUGCACCACGCCUCCAUCCACAACCACACCCACAUCCUGUGCCAACUGGCUACUGCUGGGAUCAGCCUGAACCAGACAUGCAGCACCAGGGUGGGACCCACAGGUCAGUUACCCUUAUUUGAUGUUGCAGGAACCGCAGCCCUGCACCUGGCAGCACAGUGUGGGUCUUUGCAGUCCCUCAGCUGCCUGCUGGCGCUGCAAGCUGACUGCAGGCUGCCGGACCGCAGGGGCUGGAUGGCUGUGCACUUUGCAUCCUACUACGGCCAGGUGGCCUGCAUCCGAGCCCUGUGCAGGAAGGACCCGGCGCUGGCGGAGAUACGGACGGCCGCAGAGUACCGCACCUCCCCGCUGCUGCUGGCAGCCGCGUCUGGCUCGGUGCAGGCCCUGGACUGCCUGCUGUCCCUGGGAGCAGACUGGCGACAGACAGACAGCGAGGGAAACAGCGCAGUGCACCUGGCUGCGCUGUACUUCCACACCCGGCUCCUGCAGCACCUGCUGCAGCUGCAGCUGCAGGGCCUCUGCGUCUGGACGCUCCUGAUCGAGAUGCUGCAGAGUGAGAGGCGGAGGAGAGUGGAGAUGGCAGUCAGGUGCAUGGAGGCCCUCUGUGUGACCACAGACACGUCCUGGAAGGACAUCAUGGAUGCAGGUGGUAUCCCUGCGUUGCUGGGUCUGUUGCGGGGGGGGCGGCAGGUUCUGCAUUGCGUGGCGGUGGCGGUGCUGUGUCACAUGUCUCAGAGGGCGCAGGUGUGUGAGAGGCUGGUGCAGUGCGGCGCAGUGCCGGUGCUGUUGGGCCUCCUGCAGGGUCACACACCCGAGCUCCACUCCCGCUGCGCCGUCAUCCUGGCAGACCUGGCGGCACACAGCGCCCCCUACCAGGCACUCAUCGCCCAGCUGGAUGGAGUGGCCCCUGUGGUGCGUCUCCUGGGCUCACACCUGCAGGACGUGCUGCUGAACACCGUCAGGUGUGUCCGUGCCCUGUGUGCCGGCAGCCCAGCCAAUCAGAGCAGCGUGGCGGAAGCAGGAGGAAUCCCUCAGCUGGUGGAGCUGCUCACCAUCUCAUCAGAGAUGCUGCAGGAGGAGGCCUGUGCUGCCCUGGCAGAGCUGGCCCGUGGGCACCGGCAGAACCAGGAUGCCAUGGGCGCAGCGGGCGCUGUGGGGCCCCUGGUGCAGAUUCUGCAGGGCAGGAGGUUGCCCCUGAUGGUGAAGGCCGCCAUGGCGCUGGAAACCAUAGCGGAUCAGAACCCAGCCAUACAGGCCCGUUUUCUGAGGAAGUCUGCUGCCCGCCACCUGCUUCGGCUCUUAAAGGUGUUCCAGCUGGAGGUGAGGGAGCAGGGAGCAGUGUCCCUGUGGGCUCUGGGAGGACAGACCCUGAAGCAGAAGAGACUGAUGGCUGAGCAGAUCGGCUACCGUUUCAUCCUCCAUUUUCUCCUGUCUUCAUCUGACAAAAUGCAGUAUGUUGGCUGCCAAGCGGUGAUAGCCCUAACUCAUGACAGCAGGACCCACCAGGACGGGCUGUGUAAGGAGAAGGGCGUUCCCCCGCUGGUGCGUGUGCUGCGCGGGUCCCGCACCACGCAGCGCACUCUGUUGAGUGUCCUCCGAGCCCUGGCCAGCCUGUGCAUCGGAGCAGCUCACACCAGCAACUCAAACAGUCAGAGGGUCAUUGCAGAGGAGAAAGCCAUGCCCACUCUGGUGGAGUUACUGAAGCGCCAUGAAUCUCUGCAGGUCAAGGUGCAGGCAGCGCAGACCUUGGCGUGUGUGGUGCUGGCAAACAGAGACCUGCAGGAGGCGCUGCUGCACCAGGAACGCUUCACCUACGAUGACGUCCUGCAGCUCCUGCAAGCGAAAGACAAGGCGGGGUGUGUGCUGGAGGCAGGGCAUGCUCUGUCUCUCUUCGCCUAUAACAGCACAGCUCAACAGGGCCUCAUUCUGCAGACUGCUGGUGUCUCCAUGGUUACGUAUGAACCCUUCCUGCAGUCCCAGGACAAGACCGAAAGAGCAAAAGCUGCAUUUCAGAUUGUUGUUCUUGCCAGAGUCAUCACAGAUGCGGAGCAGGUGACCCUGGUGGCGAGGGGGGUCACAGCGCUGGUGGAACUGCUGCAGUCCAGCUGCCCCAGCACUGUGAAACUGACAGCUAAGUUACUGGCCAGUCUGGCACACACGCGGGCAGGAAUUCCUGAAGCCAUCGUUACCAUGGGAGCAGUGGAACACCUGUGCAGCCACCUUUUCUCCCAGGAGGAGGAGGUUCGAAUAGCUUGUGCUUGUGCACUCGGUUACCUAACCUUCAACCGGCAGGCUCACCGCCUCCUGCUGGUGAAAUGUCGCAACAGGCCGCUCAUAUACGACCUCCUGAGAGAGCACCUGAGCCAAGAUGCCAAGAUAUGUCCGAUCUUCACCGCUGAGUUCAGGAGACAGAGGCGGGUGGGGCUUCCCUCACUAAGUUUGGAAACAAACGGAGGCCCACCUGUCCCUCAGCACCAAAAAGGGCAGGAGCUCCACAGCAGCAGUAUCCUGGAGAGGGCACAGAGAGGGACAGCACUUCCGUCAGGAGGCUGGGUCUGA